AUAAGACCCAGGGGGCUCUCCGGCUCCUCAGUAGCCCCGGGAAACGGGUCCUCGUCCCCAGGGCACGCUUCGCCCGCCUGGGCAGGGCCGGAACGUGCCUGCUGGGAUGAUUCCCAACCGGGAGGCAGACAUGGAGCAGGCCGAAACGCGGCGGCGGGACUCUGGGUGGGAGCCACCUCUCUGGCUGCGUCCUGUUCCCGCCCCUCAGCCCGGGCAGCGAGGCGGGGCUCGGGUCGGGUUGGGCCCCCACCGGGAGUGGUAGCCCGCCGCGGGAAGCAGCCGCCGCCCGGGCCGCGAGGGUAGAGGCGAGGCGGGGCGGAGCCGGGCGCGACGGGAAGGGGAGGCAGCGCAGGCCGGGUUGCAGCCGCCGCCGCCGCCGCCGCCGCCGCCGCCGCCGCCGCCGCGCACUGAGCGCCGCAAUGGGGUUGGAGACCGAGAAAGCAGACGUCCAGCUCUUCAUGGACGACGAUGCCUACAGCCGCCAUAGCGGCGUCGACUACGCGGACCUGGAUAAGUUCGCGGACUCGGGCUCCGAUCGGGAUCCCCACCGGCUCAACUCGCAUCUCAAGGAUUAUAAUGCCUUUUGUAAAGACCUGCCUAAUGGUCCUGCCUUCGGUGCAGACAAUAUGGAAGACUAUAACAGAUGUUGUCAUUGCCCCAUUGUGUACAAGUGUAGGACGCAGCUUCUCUUCUAUCAGCUUGCAACUGAGUCACGACUAAACACUUGGACCCCAGUCUGGAGAUUUGGAUACUGUAAUACUUCUUGACUGUCAUAAUGUAAAAACACUACUGUUCUGUUCUAAGCAUUCCCAACUGUUCUAAUUAAGAAAAUUUUUAAGAUUGGGCAACCACAUGUAGAAAUGUUUAUUGGCAGAUCUUUUCAAAUAAUGCUUUUCUAAUUAAUAGUCAAGGGUUUAAUAUAUAACUUUAGAGCCAGAAUUAUACAGUAGGUUGGCAACACUUAAUUUUAAAGGCAGACAGUUUUUACUUUAGUACAAAAGUAUACAUUUUAUAAUGAUGAAUUUAUAAAGAUCAAGAGACAUUUCUCAAACACUUUAAUUUUUUUGCACAACUGCCUGUAAAAAUAUGGAAUUUCUUAUUUUUUUUUACUCUUAAAGUAAUACUUUUAAAAUUACCUUUGCAGAUAAAGUCAUGGGAAUACUUACAGAAAAAAUAUACAAAGAUCCUAGAAAUUAUAGUAACAAAAGCAUGCAGUGGUGAUGGGAGCUAUGAAAUAUAAUAGGACAAAUAAAUGUGAAAAUAGAUUCAGUAACAUGUGUACCUUUAAAUAAGAUAUUGUUAACCUACAUAUCUAUUUAAUAAGAUGUUUCAUUUUACUGUAUAUUUUGUACUUAAUGUAAAUUUUGCUCUAAUCAGAUUGCUUUUAAGUACUUUUAUUGUAUUUGUUAUCUUUUUGAACUAAUAUAUAGAAUGAGUAAAUGUCUCUUUCACGGGGAACUUCAUUGGUGAGAUUGCACUGUCUUGAUAAUGUAAGCAUAUAUAUCUUGUUUGGGAAUAGAAUGUAAAAGAGCAAUAUACAAAGCUUUUCUAACUUUUCCAGGCAAAAUCCUGAAAUGGUUUAUGACUGAACUUUUCCUGGCUGUGACCUUAAAAAUAAUUCAAAUCUAAUUGGUAUUUCAUCUGGGAGAUGCUUUUCUCUCUUAUAGUUAGAAAUUUAACUUGCAUUCUGCAUUCCUGUUAAUGUCUCACUUUACCUUCAAGUAAUACUGGUGCUAAUUAAUAACAUUUUACCUAAAGGCUAUUUCUGACACUCAAGUACUAUUUCAACUACAGUGAUUCAUGGAGAUACACUUAUAGGAAAGUUGUCAAUUUGUUGGGCCCAUGCUACUUAGCUACAUAUAUAUAUGUAAGAGACUAACAGAUACAGACUUUCAUGAUGUCGUUUGAUACGGGAUUUGUUUUACAUUAUAAAAUUAUUCUUACCACUUUUGAAUUGUAGAGUCCUAUUUCAAUGUUAUGAGUCACUAUUAUUUUAAAAAUCUCAUUAUUCCAAAGUGAUAGGCAUAUAUGAAAGAUGUCUAUGAUAUAAGUGGUUACUAUAAUUUACAUAUCUUAAGUGCGUAAAUGCUCAAAUUUUAAGAAUUAUUAUCAGAACCUGAAUUAACAUUCCUUUGAGUAUCUAUCUUCGUAGAUGAAGGAUGAUUUAACUGGAAUACUAUUGGGGGCCAAAGUAAACAAAUGAUUAAAUUAUGAAACUCCUAUCAGUUUGAAGAUAACUACAGAAGAGAUUUCAAAAUUGCCACUAGGACACUGUAGCAUUCUUAGAAAAGAUUCUCAUGAUCAUUACCUUAAAACAUUACCACUCAUUUGACUACAUAUAUUUUAUUAUGUUAGUUAAAAAGAUCAAUCUCAUUACUUUAUAGUUAUACUAUAAACUAUACAACUGUAUAGUUGUAUUUAAAGUGUUUUUUAAAAUAUGUGGAUAUGCUGAUUGACAAAAGUAUUUGAUUAAUAAAAUAUGCAUUUAAAUAAGUUAUAAGUUUAAAUAAAUCAUAUCUUUUCAAAUAGCUGUUGAUAAGUUUUAAAGCCAAAAUAUAUAGCAAACCUUUUAACUUUUAACAAGUGAGACGUAUGAUUUCCUUAUUUCUGAAUUGCAUUGAUUAUUCACCAAAAUGAAUUUUUAUUGAGAUUUACCAUUAACUAUUUUAUUUCAAAGACUGAAAUUUUGUACCAAGUGGAUCCAGGUUUCAUGUGCAAAUAUUAUUUGGGGGUGGGACAAAUAGAUGAUGAGUAUCUAUAGUAAACGUUCUAAAAACCCAUAAA